AUGUAUAAUUAAUUAAUUGAACGGAAUGCAAUCGAAUCUCUUCUCAAUAUUUGUUAUGACGAUUAACCAUAAUAUGAUGAUGAUUAUGAAAGUGAAAUCAAAAAAAUAUUAUAAAGGACUAUUACAGAAAGAUUGAAAAAAUAGAAAACUGAAAUUUCAACUAGAUUAAAUACUAUCAGUUUUCUUUCGACUUCUAAGACUUCUACUUAAUUUAGAUUCAAAACUUAAACAAGAUCAUAGACUAGACCAGAAAGAAUUAUAGCAAAAAUCAGAAAUAUACAAUCAUAACCUAAGAAACCUUAAGGAUAACCGUCAUCUCAAUCUUUAAGAGAUUUUAACCAUAAAAAUUAAGCACCCUUAAAGGCUUCGAUUAUUUCCCUAUAAAAUUCAUCUGCCUUUAGCAUUCUCAAUCAAUCUGAAUAUCAUCAUCCUGUAUUAGUAAUUUAAAAGAAAUCACAAUAUAUGCCAAGAUUUGUGUUGAGGUUAUAAAAAUAAUAACAACAUCUGAACUAAAAAUGA